AUGCAUGAAAAAAACAUANAGAAAACUCUGAAUCCGGUUGCAGCCAACGUUCUUGGAACUGAUUUCAUUGCUAAUCACAAUGUCGAUGCCAUUGAUUUUGCAUCGAUUCACUCUUACCCUGACAAAUGGUUUCCAAACUUGGAUGAGAAAUCUCGAAUGGACUUCUUGAGAAAUUGGCUCGAAGCACACAUCGAAGAUGCCCAGAACAUUCUUAAGAAACCUCUAAUCAUAGGAGAAUUCGGGAAACCAAAUAUCACACCAGGCUACACACAGGACCAGAGAGACGCCGUGUUCAAGGCAACGUAUGACAUUGUCUAUGCGUCUGCGCAAAAAGGCGGUGCAGGCACGGGAGCAUGGUUUUGGCACCUUAUUAGCGACGGCAUGGACAACUUCAGUGAUUCGCUCGCCAUUGUACUUAGUGACAACUCGUCGACGGCUAAUAUUAUAAGUGAGGAGUCACGAAAGUUGCGUUUGAUUUCUGGCAAAGGAAAGUUAAGUCGCAAAAUCAUAAACUAA